AUGUCUCAGCAUGCCUCGAACGGAAAGCACGUGGAGCUUCAAGACGUCAAUGAAGCUGCCGUUGAGAAGCAUCCCGUGCGUUGGUACCAUAGCACCUUCUAUAAUGCCACUAUCCUUGGGCUCUGCAACUUCGCUGCCCCAGGAAUAUGGGGUGCCAUGAACUCCCUGGGAGCUGGUGGGGAGGAAAAGCCGCAUCUGGUCAAUGCGGCGAACGGCAUGUCGUUUUCUCUCAUGGUUGUGUCGUGCUUCUUCUCGUCCAUCCUGACAAAGUACAUCAGCAUCAAGGGUGCCUUGUUAUUUGGGACACUGGGCUAUGCACCCUAUGCCGCGGGCCUGUACACGAACAACCGCUUCGGGACCGAGUGGUCCGUACUUUUUGGUGCUGCCUGCUGUGGAAUCAGCGCUGGUGUCUUCUGGGCAUCCGAGGCGGCUAUUGCAUUGGCGUACCCUGAACCGUACAACAAGGGACGAUUGCUGGGCUACUGGCUGACAUAUCGCCUUGGAGGUCAAAUCCUGGGUGGUGCAAUCAACCUCGGCAUCAACGCUGAUCGUAAUGAGGCUGGCAAGGUCAGUUACACCGUGUACCUGGUCUUCAUCGCGUUACAGGCUUGUGGCCCUUUUGUGGCAUUGCUGCUGGAUCCUCCAAGAAAAGUGGAGAGGACGGAUGGAGUUAAAGUGGAUUUGAGCAUAUUCAACCAUCCAUGGCUGGAAGUCAAGUUGAUGGUCAGGACGUUCUUUAGCAAGAACUUUCUGUUGCUGCUCCUAUUCAUUGGGCAGGCAGUAUAUGCUGAAGCCGUGUUCUUCACCUACCUAUCACUCUGGUUCAGCGUGCGCGCAAGGGCGCUUGGCUCGUUCCUUUCCGGCAUCAUUGCUGUGACUUGUGGGAAUCUUCUCGGUGUCUGGCUUGAUCGUACGUCAAUCAACUUGAAGACAAGGUCCAGGGCAGCAUUCGCGGUCAUAAUGACUUUGCAAGGUGCAUGGUGGAUAUGGGCGACAGUCCUGGUGACCCGGUUCCGUCACACCCAGCCAACAUAUGACUGGAGUAGUAGUGGAUUCGGGCACGCUUUUGCUCCGUACUUGCUAUUGACUACAGGCUUUCAGAUCAACUACAUGUUCUGCUAUUUCAUGAUUGGGCAAUUGGCAAAAGAUCCAAGCGAGGUCAUCCGGUACGCCGCAUUGCUGAGAGGAACGGAGAGUGCGUGGCAAGCGGUGAGCUAUGGGCUCAACUCGAUCACAAUCUUCGCUCAGGUUGGCGGUGUGUAUAUCAACUUUGGAUUGUGGGCUGCUGCGCUGUGGCCUGCUUGGUUGGUUGUUAGACAGUUCGGCAACGAUCACCUCGCCACGGCUGUAUUAGCUUGACACGCCUAUUAAAGGAGCCAGAGAUGCUUGCUUCGACACACUUCACAGAGGGCGAUGAUGAGGCGACCAUGCCUGAGCGCGG